AAAACAAGAGGAAGAAUGCAUAUCUUUACAUAAAUUACUCUCUACUUAAUGAUCAUCUCAUUGAAGAUGCUGCCAGCUACCAUUUGCUCGGUGAAGACCAUGUUGCGACCUUCUACUCUCUGCCAUUCUCCGGAGAUUUUAUUUGGCCGUGAGACCUCACUGAGGAGCUUCUCUUUCAAACGCAGUAUUCUUCCAUUGGCCAAGUAUGGUGGGCGACACACUGUGACUCUGAUUCCUGGGGAUGGCAUUGGACCUGAACUUAUGCUGCAUGUCAAGACUGUAUUCAGACAUGCACGUGUGCCUGUGGACUUUGAGGAGAUAAUGGUUAACUCCACUUCUGGUGAAGAGGACAUUCACAAUGCCAUCAUGGCAGUCAGCCGAAACCGUGUGGCUUUGAAGGGCAACAUUGAAACUGACCACAACCUGCCACCAUCUCACAAGUCCCGUAACAACAUGUUUCGCACCACUCUAGAUCUCUAUGCCAACGUCAUCCAUUUUAAAAGCCUGCCAGGUGUGGAGACCCGGCACAAGGACGUAGACAUCUUAGUUGUUCGGGAAAACACAGAGGGUGAAUACAGCAACCUAGAGCAUGAGAGUGUGAAGGGAGUGAUCGAGAGCCUCAAGAUCAUUACCAAGGCCAAGUCUUUGCGCAUUGCUGAAUAUGCCUUCCAGCUGGCCCAAGAAAUGGGACGCAAGAAAGUGACAGCGGUGCACAAGGCCAACAUCAUGAAACUGGGAGAUGGUCUUUUCCUCCGGUGUUGUAAGGAAGUGGCCUCCUGCUAUCCUCAGCUGACCUUCGAGGGCAUGACCGUGGAUAACACCACCACGCAGUUGGUAUCCGGGCCCCAGCAGUUUGAUGUCAUGGUGAUGCCCAAUCUUUAUGGCAACAUUGUCAACAAUGUCUGCAUAGGGUUGGUUGGGGGAGCAGGCCUUGUGCCUGGUGCGAACUAUGGACAUGUGUGCGCGGUGUUUGAAAUAGCGUCAAGGCAGUCGGGCAGAAAUUUAGCCAAUAAGAAUAUGGCCAACCCAGCUGCCAUGCUGCUGGCAAGCUGUAUGAUGCUGGAUUACCUCAAGCUCCACUCCUAUGCCACCUCCAUUCGCACUGCAGUCUUGGCAUCCUUGGAGAACAGAAACAUCCACACUCCGGACAUUGGAGGCCAGAGUACCACAAAGGACAUCAUUCAAGAUAUAAUAAACCACAUUAGUACUGUCAGUUAAAUGGUCAGUGCCUUGGAGGCUGGGCUAUUCCCCAAGUCUCUCCCACUCUUUACCUUCCUCUUCUCACUUAGGCACUCUAGCCAGCUCGGAUGAUGUAGACUCUGGAAUAAACUAGUUCCUGCUCUGGCUCCAACUCAGAAGAGAUAGGAGAAGUAAAUCUGAUUUAUUCUAUGAGAUGAAAACGUCAUGAAUGCCAUAAACAUUGCUUGUUUAAAUUAGCCGAGUCUAUUGUGUUAUAUAUGUACUGAGGAAUUCUUCUCUAUUUUAAUCCAUAGUUCACACUUCUCGAUGUCACGAUACACUGAAUAAAUCAGAGCUGUUUGUAGAAUCCUGGGACUUUCUCACAACCUGGAACACUGAUUUUUCUCUUUAUCUGGAUCAUUAAAAUUCAGCA